GGAACAUAAACCCCCAAAACCCUAACCGUAUUGUUCUCUCUAUCCCACACUCCUCACUUUGCCUCCUCUGCAACAAACGCCCACUUCGGAGGUGUUAGGAAGAAGAUGGGAGGCGACAGGUCAAAGAAGUUGAAAAUCACUGAGAAUUUGGAGGAUGCUAUUGACGGAGAACUCGUCCUCUCCAUCGAGAAGUUGCAAGAGACCCAAGACGAACUAGAAAAGAUCAAUGAGGAGGCAAGUGAUAAGGUCCUCGAAAUAGAGCAGAAGUACAAUGAGAUUAGGAAGCCUGUUUAUGAUAAGCGGAAUGAGAUUAUCAAAUCUAUUCCUGAUUUCUGGUUGACUGCUUUUUUGAGUCAUCCUGCCCUUAGUGAACUUCUGAACGAGGAGGAUCAAAAGAUAUUUAAGUAUUUGGGCUCUCUUGAGGUUGAAGACAAUAAAGAUGUCAAAUCAGGCUAUGCAAUCACCUUUAAUUUCAGUCCCAAUCCCUAUUUUGAGGAUACAAAGCUUACAAAGACUUUUACCUUCCUUGAAGAAGGAACAACAAAGAUAACUGCUACCCCCAUAAAAUGGAAAGAGGGCAAGGGAAUACCCAAUGGAGUCAAUCAUGACAAGAAAGGGAACAAGCGGGUUCCUUUUGAUGUCAGUUUCUUUACUUGGUUUAGUGAUUGUGAGCAGAAAGAUGAUAUGGAUGACAUUCAUGAUGAGGUUGCAGAAUUAAUCAAGGAUGAUUUAUGGCCAAACCCGCUCACUUAUUUCAGCAAUGAGCCUGAUGAAGAGGAUGUUGAUGAUGAAGCUGAUGAUGAGGGAAAGGAUGAGGAUGACUCUGAUGAUGACCAAGAGGAGGAUGAGAACGAUGAUGAAAGCGAGGGCGAGGAUGACGAUGACAACUGAAAAAGUGCAUUAUGAUGUUUCCUUUUUUCUUCUUUUUUUCUCUCUCUGGUUUUGUGUAAGUAGGCUUUUGGGCAUAUAGUGACCAUGGCCAUUUUUUUGAGAUGUUGACUCAUGUCAGCUGCUGGAGCUAUCAAAGGCAAUUAGUGGUUCUCUGACCUUAAUCUAUAAAUUACCCUGUGAAGUCGUUUCCGCUGGUUUCAUCCCUGGUGCACUUUUCGUGAUACUAAUAGUAUAUUAGCUCUCUUGGAUCUUUGUUGUGAAACUACAGUAAAUUUACAAUAUUUAUUGUAUAGCUGUUUGGAUUUCUUACCAUAAGGAUUGCCAUUCAAGGCUUUUUACUGAUGUUCCCCGCCAUUACAAUGCUAUCCCAUCUAUUUCCUCCAACCUGAUGAUGACUAUUGUUGGAAUGAUUCUUCCUUCCCUUUUC